GGUGUUAAUGUCUAACUUCAACUUUUAUCGUUGAAUAUACCCAUGUUCUUACACGAAGGCAUCGUCGACUCACUGCUACCAUAUAGAGAAGCACAUUAGGAGGGGAGCUUCUUGUUCUUCAUCCAGAACCAUUUGGACCGUCUGUUUUAACGCAUCGGUCCGUACCUUUUGGCGGCUUAAUAUUUUGCCAACGGAACUGCUGUUAUUCACUCCGUCUUUCAGCUUGAUUAUUAGACGUUGUUUUAGGUUGUUUGUAAAGUACUUUGUAGUCCUUGAGGAUGGCAAACAGAAGCUCCCAUAAACUGGUGAUACUUGGAGAAUCAGCUGUUGGGAAAUCAAGCAUAGUCCUGAGACUUGUAAAGUGUCAGUUUAGACAAGAGCGUUAUCAUAGUUUGGCCCCUAUGUACUACAGAGGAGCCCAGGCGGCAGUUGUCGUUUACGAUAUUACUAACCAGAACUCAUUCGAACGUGCAAAAUCCUGGGUUAAUGAACUUCAAGAAAAAGCAAAUACUAGUGGGGUGAUUGCACUUGCAGGAAACAAAGUGGAUCUCGAAGGACAGCGAGCUGUUUCGUUCGAGGAAGCACAAGAAUACGCCGAUAAAAAUAGAUUACUAUUUAUGGAGACGUCAGCCAAAAUUGCAACUAAUGUCUCCGAACUGUUCACUGCCAUAGCUCGGGAGUUACUUAAUCAUACAGAACCAUCUAGACCAUCUGGGGGACAACAGCUUACGCCAAACGAUUCGCCUACACAACAAAGACAGUGUUGUAGAUAGUCCUGAUUCGUCCACUCAAUAUUUUCUUAUAACAUGGGUAUAUCACAUGUUUCUUCAAUCCUCAGUCUUUUACGUCAUUAUUUUGCAUGUUCAGUUUGUUUCAACUAAUGAUUUUGCUUUGUAGUCUUAUUGGUCACAAUUUUACGUAUACGGGUUGCUGUAAUUCCUGUUGGAGAAUUUAAUUGAUCUUCAGAUCUCGAAUCAAACUGUCAUGUGCUAUAUUAUUUUUUACCCAGUAUGCUACAUAUUUCCUUACUUGCAUUGGAUUUACAUAACUAUGGGUCAUACAAAUUUAUAAUCUACAUUACUGUUUAAUGAUUUAUUGGAGCCGUUUGUGUAACUAAAAUAUAUUGUUUUUCUCUCUUCGAUAAAAUGUUUACGACAUUCAUUCCACUCGUCAACUCAUGAAUAUCAUUGUAAUAUGUUGUUAUUUUACUUCAAAUGUUUGAUCAUCGAAUCAUCCGACUAUAUCCUCACGCUCUCUCUCUAUGCUGAAAUUUAAUUAUUUCUAGGAUUCAGUUUUGAGCAAAAAUAUGCUGAAAGCUCCAUUGAUCUUAUGAUUUCAUGGUUUGUAUUUUAUCUCUUCUAUGCGCAAUCUUCUGUAAAAUAAUAUCGUGUUACCCAUUUUGCUGUAUUGCUUUUGAUUUCGACCAGUUAGUACGGUCGCCAACUUACAAACUUUUCAAUUUAUUUCGAAAAGGUUGAAUAUUUGAUUUGAGUGAACUUAUUUGACUGUCGGUGUGUUAUUUAAAGUAGAUCGAUAAUAUGAUGUCGGUGUAGUCUCUUGGCUCACACUGCAAUAAAGUUCUCCCUUAAAUUG